AUGUUUAAAUUUAUUUCAAUCAGAGUAGAUGAAGUGACCCACUCGUCUAUAUAGCCCAUCCCACUAUAUAGAUUUCUUUAUCGAACAAAAUGUAAUGUACUGUUGAACUACUAAGGCAGAUUCUCUCAAAGAAAUGAGCUGGCUGUUAUAAAGGUGUGCUUAAAAAGUGAUAUUCCAAAAAAUUGUUGGGCAAGUGUGAAAAAAGUCGACAAUAAGUAGUACGCAAAUUUUUAAAAUGGCUUUAUUAUUAAAUUAAUUUUAAAUUUAAGUUUAGACUGGAGACAAUAAAUAUAAAACAUUAUUGUCUAUUUAAAAAUCUGUCCUUCCCAAAAAAGCAACUAUAUCGAUAAUUUGUUAAUUUUUAAACCCAUUUAAAUUUGCUAAAGAGUGUUAUAUGAAUCAUUAAGAAUUUCAUAAGAAAUAAUUAGCGUUCAAUACAAACUUUGGCUUUAUAGAGCAAGCGAUCAUAAUAACUUGGCAUUAUUCAUUUAAAAAUUUAUCCUUCCGCAACAAAAAAAACACUUGAUCAAUAAGUUUUUAAUUUUUUAAGUCUAUUUAUAUUUGCUAACAAGUAUUAAUAUGAGCCACUAAAAACUUCACAAAGAACAAAUAGCGUUCAAUACAAACUUGGCUUUUAUAGAGCAUGUGAUUAUAAUCAAAUUGGCAUUGCUUAUUUAAAAUCUAUCCUUCUGCAAAAAAGUAAAACGAUCAUAAGUUUUAAAUCUAUUUAAAUUUGCUAGCAUAUUAUAUGAGUUAUUAAGAACCUCAUAAAGGAGUAAGAUAUUAAUCAAUCCUAAUUGGGGUAUCUUAAAUUUUAAAUUAAUUUAAUAAUAAAGCCAUUUAAAAAUUAGUGUGUUUACUUUGUCAACUUUUUUCACACUUUUCACCAUUUUUUGACAUGUCACUUUUUAACACUUCCUGGUAUAGAGAUUCAGUUCAUCUCUCUGAGAGAGUCUGUCUUAGUCGUUCAACCAUUCAUUGCAUUUUGCUCGAUAAAAAAAUCUAUAUAAGGGUAUGGCUAUAUCAAUAUCAUGGACUAUAGACUUACAAAUCAAGCCAACUAAAUUUCAAAUUAACGUCAAGAAGCAUACAAAACUACUAGUAGACCUUGGUACUAUAGAAGCAUCUAAAGCUGCAACUGGCUACACACUAAUAAACCUUUCACCUUCCACACUUUAUGAAAUAAAGGUAGCUCCUGCAAUAAAAAGCAAAACCCUUUCAUGAUCCCUACCUGAAGUAGUUAUGACUCUAAAUCCUCCAAAUAGGGACAUUUUAGUAACUUCUGAAAGGCUAGUACAAAAAGAAUCUAACGAACUAAGAGAAAUCCUGAUGGCAAGGCGCAGCAGAAACUGGAAUGAUUUUACAAAAAAUUCCUACAAGUUUUGUGUGCCACGAGAAUUGAGUGAAGUAAGACUUAAACGAGUGCUAUUAUGAGGAGAAGCUAUGACUGUACUAGAAGAAAAUGGGUAUGGCUUGAAUGAUGAUCAUUUUUUAGGCCCAAUAUAUAAAAACUAA